AUGGACGUAAUUGCCACGAAGAAUAAUAAGAAAGCUAUAGAUCGCAACCCACAAGAGCCGACGACGACGUUGAUCAAGACGUACAAGAGGAGGAAGAGGAGGAGGGUGCAGCACCACUGCCACCCCGGCGCAUCAUCCCUCCCUAACGAGCUCGUCUACGAGAUCCUGCUCCGCCUCCCCGUCAAAACCCUUUCCCGGUCGAAAUCCGUGUGCAGGGCGUGGCGCGCCACCAUCUCCAACCCGUCCUUCAUCACCACGCAUCUCAAGCAGCAGCAGCAGUCUGCCGUCUCCAGACACGAGCAGAAGCCGUCCUUCCUCAUCACCCCGCACACCCUUGACAGCAUGAUCGACGACGAAGAGCCCUGGCCAACCACAUUCUCCAACAUAAUCACCUUCUACCGUUGGCAGGAGACCGAGCAGGACGAUGCGCACCUUGUGCGUGCGACCAACCUACAUGGGGAAUUCAGGUCGGUUUACGGCAUGUCGCACUAUGAUGGGCUUGUUAUAUUCCCCACCAAUACCAGGUUGUACGUCUUCAACCCAGCUACAGGUGAUGUCCUCAAGCUGCCUGAUGGCCAAAAGAGCAGGUUCCAGACUGCAGGCCUAGGCCUUGAUCUUGGCACCAACACUUACAAGAUUGUUCGGUCCUUCGACCGAUCCAUCGAUUUCAAUCAGUGGGCUCACGAUGCUGCCGGGAUGGAGGUGUUCACUAUCGGCAACCGUGAUUCGUGUUGGAGGACCAUAGCGGAGGAUCCACCAUACCCGGUUACGGCAGACCCUAUGUAUUUCAAGGGUUCCUUGUAUUGGCACAUUUGCAAGGAACUCCUCCAGGAGGGAAGCCCUCCUCCUCCACAGGGUUUCCUCCGCUUCGAUUUACAAGAUGAGACAUUCGGUCUUGUACUCCACGAUGUUGUUUCACCAUCUGACGAAACACGGCUCGACCUGGUCGAGCUAGGAGGAGAACUGUGCCUGGCUCAGUACCUCGGGACAGAGAUGGUGAUAUGGAAAUCAUCACCUUCUCCGUCUGAUGACAUCAGCCACCAAUGGGAUCGUCUUUACACGAUCGGUAAUCUACCUGAUGAGGGGGUGGAAUUUCAAACUGUUCUUCGACUUCGCUGA